UAAAACAGUUGGAAAAGUGGGAGCAAAGACAUGAGCAGGAUGAUUAGACCCCUGCUGCGCCCAGCUGGACUCGGACAAUUCCUUCUGCUGUGGCUGCUGCUGCCCCCACUGCCUGUGCGCAGGGUGGAGGCCCAGAGGACCUGGCCCUCGUUCUGCCCCGCGGUCUGUGAGCCAAUGCGCUGUCCCCCGCUGCCCACCUGCUCCGCGGGGGCGACGCCGGUGUUGGACCGCUGUCGCUGCUGCCGCGUGUGCGCCGCCACCGAGGGCGAGGUCUGCGGCGGAGCGCUCGGCACACCCUGCGCCCCGGGGCUGCAGUGCAGCACGCCGCUCAGCACCCCGCGCGUGGGUGGCACCCGGCGGGGCAUCUGUGGCUGCCCAGCGGCGGGGGCUGCAGUGUGCGGCAGCGACGGGCGCACCUACCCCAGCCUGUGCGCGCUCCGCGCCGAGAACCGUGCCGCGCGCCGCCGUGGCGCGCUCCCCGCCGUGCCGGUGCAGAAGGGGGACUGUGGGAAUCCAGGGACCAGAAGCGCCGGCUGGCUCAGGAACAAGUACAACUUCAUCUCCGCUGUGGUGGAGAAGGUGGCGCCAUCCGUGGUUCACUUGCAGCUGUUCCGCAGGUCACCUCUCAGCAUCAAGGAUAUUCCUGCAUCCAGUGGCUCUGGGUUCAUAGUGUCUGAGGAUGGGCUUAUUGUUACCAAUGCCCACGUCCUCACCAACCGGCAGCGAAUCCAGGUGGAGCUCCAGAGUGGGGUCCAGUAUGAAGCCACUGUCAAGGACAUUGACCAUAAAUUGGAUCUUGCAUUGAUUAAGAUUGAGCCAAAGACUGACCUUCCUGUAUUGCUGCUGGGAAGGUGGGGGGGGCCGAGGGCUGGAGAGUUCGUGGUGGCCUUGGGCAGUCCGUUUUCUCUGCAGAACACAGUGACUGCAGGAAUUGUCAGCACUACACAGCGAGGGGGCAAAGAGCUGGGGCUGCCGGAUUCAGACAUGGACUAUAUCCAGACUGACGCCAUAAUUAAUCAUGGGAAUUCUGGCGGGCCUCUGGUGAACUUGGAUGGCGACGUGAUUGGCAUAAAUACACUGAAGGUGACCGCAGGAAUCUCCUUUGCAAUUCCUUCAGAUCGAAUUCGACAGUUCUUGGCAGAAUUCCAUGAGCGCCAGUUGAAAGGAAAGGCUCUUUCACAGAAGAAAUACCUGGGUCUGCGAAUGCUGCCCCUCACUAUGAAUCUUCUUCAAGAAAUUAAAAGGCAAGAUCCAGAUUUCCCUGAUGUGAGUUCUGGAGUUUUUGUAUAUGAGGUGAUUCAAGGGACAGCUGCUAAAAGCUCUGGGAUGAGAGACCACGAUGUAAUUGUCAGCAUAAAUGGGCAACCCUUACCAACCGUAACCGAUGUUACUGAAGCUGUGAAGGACAAUGAUUCUCUUUCCAUCAUGGUUCGUCGGGGAAGUCAAACUUUGAUUCUGACAGUCACACCUGAAAUCAUUGAUUAGGUAUCUUGCUUUAAAGAGAAAUUAUCUGACAAAACCAAAACUAUAUUACCUGGUUUGUAUUGAAGAUGUGCCAAGAUGGCAAGAGGUUUUAGGAUCUCUUUCUUAUAAAGAAAAAUGAAUGCUUUAAGACAGACACACACACACUCAGGGACCAUUAGGUUGGGAGUGCUAUACUGUUGCUGAGAAGCCUUACUCGGCAAGUGGAAGAAGGAAGUGCCAGGAAGUCUGGGGAACCUACAGAAUUUUAUUUAAAGGUAGGAAACAACUGAAAAACAGGCAGUUUGUAAUUUAACUUUGACAGAAGGGCACUUUAGUGUUUUAAAACUUCUCUAUAACCACAAACUGGAUACCACACACACACAC